GAAAGCGACUUCAUUUGAGUACGAAAAAUAGCACGAGGGUUUGUUUACUAACACGGAAUAAAAUGGGGUUCAAUAAAAAGAAACGAUUGCCAAGAAAGAAUCGAAAGACAAAAUCGAUUCUGGUGUUCGAUGAAAGUGCUAGAAAAGAGUAUUUAACAGGCUUCAAGAAAAGAAAAGAUGUCCGGAGAAAGAAGGCUCAAGAGCAGGUGGAGAAAAUGAUAAAAGAAGACAGAAAAUUGCUCAAACAAAAGACUAAGGAGUUUGAGCAAGUGAAGACCAGGUAUCAACAGCCGGCGAUAGAUCUCGAGGAGCUUGUGGACAAACAUGUAACAGAGCUACCUGAGCACACAGUGACGGUCACUGACAUAUCGGAAAUAGACUUGGCUGGACAUGCAGGAACACGGCUGGGGCAAAACAAGGUUGGACUUGAAAAAUUGUUUGCCCCCUUGAGUACAGAGGAUGAUGAGGUUGAUGAGGAUGAUGUAGAUGAUGACAGUGAAGGAGAAAAGGCAGUGCCUGGAAUCUCAGUACAUAAACAUGAUAAAGCAAUCAAGACUAUAAAGAACAAGAUCUUUAAAACAUCCAAACAUCUGAAGAAGAAAAAGUCCAAGCAAGGCAAAACUAAAAGACUUUUGUCAAAGAAGGCUAAGCAUAGAAAGAAACUGUCAGCAAAUUAGCAAUUUUGAGUGAACUUUUUGAAUGGAUGUUGGUAAGCGCAGUUGUUAGUACAUGCGCUUCUCACGUAGGCAACCUUAGGUUUGAUCUUUCCCAGAAAUGUGAGCUUAGUUGUAGGUCACCAUACCGGACAGGUAGGGUUACCUCUGGGUACUCACCCCACAACACAAGACCAACAGUUGAACACCUUUCUGUAACAACUACAAAGCUGGAAUUGCAGCUAUUGUUAGUCCCAACCUUCUUGAGUCAGGAAAAUAAUUCAGUAGGAGUGCUGGGACACACUGAGUGUCCCCACACGGUGUAGCCUAAGGCGUGGAAGGACCUCAUAAACCUUGAAAUACAUACACUCAGUUUCUGAAUGAAUGCAGAGACUAAUUUGGAGCCGGGUUCUGAGAAAACGGGCAGAAUGCAUGUGCGUAAAGGGUCGUCCCAGAUUAGCCUGUGCAAUCUGCACAGGCUAAUCAGGGACAACACUUUCCGCUUUUAUGACAUUUUUCCUUUAAAUGAAGUGUUUUUAGCAAAAAUCCAAUUUAGGCGGAAAGUGUCGUCCCUGAUUUGCCUGUGCCGACUGCACAGGCUAAUCUGGGACAACAUUUUACGCACAUGCAUUAUGCCCAGUUUUCUCAGAACACGAUUCUUUGGGUUUCCAAUUCAACCAAUACCCUGACUUAAAGCUGGUAAAAAUACAAGCUCUUCUAACCAGGACAGGAAGUCUAACAGAAGUGUCAAGAAGGAAGUUCAAGGGAGGAAGUGUUCAAUUGAUUGACACAUUUUCAAUUAUCAGAUUUCUUGUCACAGAGUAAAAAACAAAAUCAAUAGUGAAUGUAUAAUGAACUACUAAAAUUAAAAAUUUACAGAAAAUAUCGUUUGGAUAUUGAGUAACUGUCAUUUGUAUGUUAAACAUGUAUGUAGAAAUAAAAUGCAUUUGGAAUGCAUUAGGGGAAAGUAGUAACACUUUAGAGUGUUUCUGUUACUUUAAGUAAAAUGUUUCACUGCGCAUUGAACACAUAAAGUAACAAAACAUGUCAAAUAUCAGAGUUUUAAGUUUCAUUCAGCUCAUUAGUUCCAAAACUUUAGUAUGUCAAGUUAAGACAUUAAAAUUUGACACAUUUCAAAAUGCGCCUAAAUCUGUGAUGUUUGAUUAAGAUGAUCUAUGUACACUUAACCCUUUGAGCGCUGGAACUGGAUUUUGAAGGCCUUUGCAAACAGUUUGGAUCCAGAUGAGACGCCACAGAACGUGGCGUCUCAUCAGGAUCCAAACUUUUUGCUAUUCUGAUAGUAUUCUUUGAAACAAAUCAAAGAAAAUGCUUAUUUUAUAAAUUCAGCAGACGACAUUUUAGCAGAAGACAAAUUUCCCAGCAUGCAAAGAGUUAAGGCUCUGAUUUGGUGUGAUUCUAUUUAUGACUGAUUGCCAUAUGUUUUCCAUUGAAAAGAGAAUAGACACUUAAAUUAUAUGCUGCUAAUCAGAGCAUGAUUUUAGAAAAAUGAACUUUGGUGUUUUUAUUUCAAUGCCAUUUUUAUGUGUACUUAUUUACUUGUACAUCAAUAAUGUACCACCUCUAAUUAUUUAUUUUUAUUGAAUCUAUGAGUCAAGGGCCCAUAUUCACCAAAAAAUUCUUAGACUUAAGUAUAAAAAUAAAGAAUAUUCUUUAAAUUGAUAUAUUCAAUAAGUGCUUGAAUAUUGAGUAAAACUUUUUAUUAAACACCUCUAUCUAUGGCAUUCUUCGUGUAGAACAUUGUGUUAAUGACAUAAUUACCAGUGGAUGCAUCUAUAUAUUCAAACACUGAAUGCAUUUUUCUUGGUUCCAAGUCUAUUCUUUAUUCUUAAGUGUAAGAACUGUUUGGUGAAUACGGGCCCAGGUCUAAUAUUAACUUUGGAGAUAAAACCACUUGGGGGACUGCAACUUCAUCAUUCAUCUUGCAAUUGUAUAAUAAUGUACCCCAAAUGUUCACCAUGUGUUCAUGUGAAGACCGCAUGUCAAUUGUUACAACCGGCUCCUGUCCUAAAAGGUCAAGGUCUCACUUACAAAUCAAAGGAUAAAAUUGGCAAAGUGUGUUGUUAGCAAGGCCUGUACCCCUAUUGCAAGGUCAAGGUCAAACAGAAGGUGAAUUGUUAAACUUGCAAGGUAAAGCAAUUUAAACAAAAGCAUGCAUUAAUGAAAUUGGCUGGAACAGCUGCAGACAGGCAUCAUGCUAGUUCUAAAAUUUACAUUCAUAUGAGUGUGUUCAAUGUAGGGUUUGCCAAUUUUAGAAUUUAUCAAUUGUAAAAUACUUUUUUUUAUCACUGAAUGUUUUUAUUAUAAUUUGAUAGUUUGUCAUCAGAUUAUACUACCUUAGGAGUAUCUUGUUUGAAUGUAAGAGCCGAGAGUGUAAGGGUUGUUAACCAUGUUUUAACCGACUAGAAAGUCAUGGUUAUAAGAUUGGGUGGGCAGCAAGGUUGCAGGUGAAUGACUUUAAAGAGGUGGUUUCCGGUCUAUAAGUUUAGAUUGCAUAAAUGGAUCUUAAAGCCCCAUAAACACUCAAAAUUGAUGAAUGUUUCGUAAAAUAAAGUUAAAACAUAAAAAAAUCAGUUUUCCUUAUAGAAAUAGCCAAAAUUUCAACGCUAGAUGUGGUAUGGUAACAUAGAUUUAACAAGAUACAAAAUGCUAGUUUGCAGCAAUCUGUGAAAAGGCCCCUUUAAGGUUGGGUCAUAAUGUGAGGGCAGAAAAAUGUGUGAGAUAGAAAAAACAAACAAAAUGUGUAUUUAUAUUUAUUGUACACAUGGCAGCAAUGAAGAUUAUGUACAUUGUUAGAAUAUAAGCCUUCAACUAGUUUCUCUUACAGCGUCUGUAGAAGGGAGGAAGAGGAAACAAAACUAAAGAUGGGCAAACAAAAACAAUAAAACGCUAAUCUGAGGAUGCUAAUAGAGCUAUGCGAACAGUAAAAAAACUUUCUACAUAAUGAUACUGAAUAAUAAACAUGAUCAUUACAUAGAUUUGUAACAUUAAAUACAAUCAACAGAGCUCUACACAAUCGAAAUAUGCUUUUAAUUAUGCUUUUCAAAUUCUCAAUAAACAAAUAUUCCACAACUACUAAUAAACUCAAAUAUAAUAAUCAUUUGUUGAUUUAGCAAGCAGCAUAAAACAUGUGUUUUUUUUUACAGCAAAUGGGACUUUUUCAAUAUAGCAUUUAUUCUAACUGAAUUGUUUUUUACGAUGUGCUUUGAUCUCAACUCAAUUAAUAACUCUGUUACAUACCUAAA